CGAAACAUCAGACUGCUGCGCUCACAACUGCAAAGAUGAUUCUCUUUUUAUUUAUUGUCUGUUUAUUGGUUGCAUAUUUUAUUGGUCAUAGAAUUUUUGUUCAUAGGAAGACCUUCACUGGAACUGCCAAACUAUAUGGGAAAACUGUCAUUGUAACAGGUGGCAACACCGGCAUCGGGAAGGCAACUUCGGCAGAGCUGGCCAUAAGAGGAGCCCGAGUGAUUCUGGCCUGCCGCAGCAAACAGAGAGGAGAAGCAGCAGCACAAGAAAUCAAGAAGGAAACUGGGAACGAUGCUGUGAUCUUCAUGCAACUGGAUCUUGCAAGUCAGAAAUCCAUCCGAUCUUUUGCCCAAACCUUCCUGAAGGCCGAGCCCAGACUGGACCUGCUCAUCAAUAAUGCUGGACUGGCUGCUCCAGGACGCACUGAAGAUGGCAUCGGGAUGAUCCUCGGUGUCAAUCAUAUCGGUCCAUUCCUGUUGACCAAUCUUCUGUUGGAGCGUCUCAAGGAGUGUGCGCCCAGCCGAGUGGUCAACGUGUCAUCCUGUGGUCAUGAUCUGGGCACUAUUGAUUUCGACUGCAUCAACACACACAAGAAGCUCGCUCUGGGAUCAUCUGACGCUGAUUUAUUCAGGGCCUACACCCACAGCAAGCUCUGUAAUGUGCUCUUCACUCAUGAACUGGCCAAGAGACUGGAGGGAACCGGCGUCACAUGCUACAGUCUCCAUCCAGGGUCGGUAAGAUCAGAGCUCGCCCGUGACAUCAAUGAAUGGCAUACAAACAUUAUCAAGGCCAUUGUUAGCAAGUUCUGGGCGACCGACCCAGUGUCCGGGUCUCAGACGACGCUGUACUGCGCUCUACAGGAGAACAUCGAGCACCUGAGCGGACGAUACUUUUCUGACUGUCAGCUGAUGCAAGUAAAGCCUGAGGCCAGAGACGAUGGAAUCGCCAAAAAACUGUGGGACGUCAGUGAGAAGUUAUGUGGCAUGGCUUGAAUACACAGUGCUGGGAGAAAAUACUGAUUUUGG